CCAAGCCUCUGUGGCGGUACGGCAGCGCCUGGGGGACAAAUAUCUUCCUGUUUCUGUGGAUUCUUCUUUGCACUACUACGUUCUGUGGGCAUUUCUGGGGCGGCAAAGUGUUAGCAGCUCCAUUGCUCUCUGCUCCUGAGAAGUAGGAGGAAGUAGAGGCCAGUGCAGAGUUCGGCUGACUGUGACCUGGGCCGGGCAAGAGGCCUUACCCUGAUGUUGCGAUGGCUGAUCGGGGGAAGCCGAGAACCUCAGGGACUGGCAGAGAAAUCUGCUUUACAGACAAUAGGUGAAGAACAAACCCAGAACCCCUACACUGAACUGCUUGUACUGAAAGCUCAUCAUGAUAUUGUACGGUUUCUGGUACGGUUAGAUGACUACAGAUUUGCAUCUGCUGGUGAUGAUGGACUUGUAGUUGUGUGGAAUGCCCAGACAGGAGAAAAACUUUUGGAACUCAAUGGACACACUCAAAAGAUAACAGCUAUUAUUACAUUUCCUUCCUUGGAAGCAUGUGAAGAAAAAAAUCAGCUCAUCUUGACAGCCUCUGCUGAUAGAACAGUUAUCGUAUGGAAUUGUGAUACUGGCAGGCAAGUUCAAAAAGUGUCAUGCUUCCAGUCUACUGUAAAGUGUUUAACUGUUCUUCAGAGACUAGAUGUUUGGCUCUCUGGUGGGAAUGACCUAUGUGUGUGGAACCGAAAAUUAGAUCUCCUAUGUAAGACUAGUCACCUUUCUGAUACAGGGAUCAGUGCUUUGAUUGAAAUACCUAAGAACUGUGUUGUGGCAGCAGUUGGCAAAGAAUUGAUAAUUUUCAGGUUGGUAGCACCCAUAGAAGGAUCACUAGAAUGGGAUAUUCUUGAAGUUAAGCGCCUCCUUGAUCAUCAGGAUAAUAUUCUCUCAUUGGCUAAUAUCAAUGAUCUGAGUUUUGUGACUGGCUCCCAUGUUGGAGAGCUGAUCAUCUGGGAUACCCUGGACUGGACUAUGCAGGCCUGUGAACACAACUUCUGGGACCCAUUUCCACAGCUGGACACUCAGCAAGAAAUAAAACUGUGUCAAAAACCAAAUGACAUUUCUAUUCAUCAUUUAACAUGGGAUGAAGAGAAUGUAUUUGUCGCAGUUGGAAGGGGUUUAUACGUGUAUAACCUUCAAAUGAAGCGUGUGAUUGCCUGCCAGAAAACUGCCCAUGACUCCAGGGUCCAGCACAUUGCCAAGCUUCCAAACAGGCAGUUAAUCUCAUGCUCAGAAGAUGGCAGUGUACGCAUUUGGGAGUUACGAGAGAAACAGCAGAUUGCAGCUGAACCUGUACCAACAGGUUUUUUUAACAUGUGGGGAUUUGGAAGAGUGAACAAACAAGCCAGCCAACCUGUUAAAAAGCAACAAGAAAAUGCCACUUCAUGUUUACUGGAGCUUAUUGGAGACUUGAUUGGACACUCAUCAUCUGUAGAGAUGUUUCUAUACUUUGAAGAUCAUGGACUAGUGACAUGCUCUGCUGAUCAUCUCAUUAUUUUAUGGAAAAAUGGAGACCGAGAAUCUGGAUUGCGCAGUUUAAAAUUAUUUCAAAAAUUAGAGGAGAAUGGUGACUUGUAUCUUGCUGCCUAGUUUAAGGAAUUUAGAAUACAUGUGCAUGAACUUGAAUAUCAAAUAUAGG